AUGGCUGCCGGGAGCUAUGCUUACAGCGAUACCUCGGAGGCCUCCUCAGCGGGGUCGGCGGGGCCAUCUGGGUCUGAGAGGCCAGGCCCGAGCCACGGCGGCGUCCAAGUGCAGCGCCGCAACCCCACGGUGCUGCGUAUGGUGCUGGAGGCACUGCAGGCGGGGGAGCAGCGGCAAGGCACCUCAGUGGUGGCCAUCAAGCAGUACAUCCUGCAGAAGUACCCGACGGUGAGCGUCACCCGGCUGAAGUACCUGCUGAAGCAGGCCCUGGCCAAGGGCAUCAGCCGGGGCCUCCUCAUCCGGCCCCUCAACUCCAAGGCCAGAGGGGCCACCGGCAGCUUCAAAUUAGUUUCCAAGAAAAAAAGGAUAAUCCAGCCCAGAAAGAAGUCCACCAUCAUGCCCACCCAAAAACCCGGUGAGGCCAAGGAGAAGGGCCCCAAGAACCCCAGCAAGGCAAAGAAGGACCCUCCUCACCCGGGCAAGGUGAAAAAGGUGCCCAAGAAGCCGGGUAAGGUGAAGAAAGUUCCCCCCAAGCCAGACACAGCCAAGGAGAAGACCCCCAAGAAAGGCGGCAAAGCCAAGGCCAAAGUGGCAAAAGUAGGUGAGGCCAAGAAGGUCCCCCCCAAACCAGAGAAGGCCCCAAAGGCCCCUCCUGAUGCUGCUGGGCUCAGCGGGAAGUCAACAGUCAAAGGCAGCACCAGCAGCCAAGCAGAUGCCGAGGCCCCCAGGAAAGCAAACGCUGGCAGUAAGAGUUCCAAAGCCAAGGCCUCCAAGGGCAAGAAUGGUGCAACUUUCCCAGCAGCAAAGAAGACAGCAGCCACAGCCCAGGCCCCUAAAGGUGCAGCUGCCCAGGGGCCUGGAAAGGAGCCUAAAGCCAAGGCAGCAGCUCCGCCCAAGGGCAAGGGCAGCGGUGGGUCCAAGACAGCCCCUGUGCACCUGGCCAAGAAGACAGAGGCCCCCAAGGGCCCAAGAAGGCCUGGGCUGCCUGCCAAGGCCUCGCUGUCUAAGACGUCUAUCAAGAAGGCCAAAGCCGAGAGCUAG